GCACCGUCACUCGUUAUGUGUCAAAGCAGAACUAAAUUCUUACAAUUCACCGAGAUCAGAAAGGGGAAGAUCAUCAAAAUGCCUAAGCAGAUUAUGGAAAUCAAAGACUUCCUGCUAACAGCCAGGAGAAAGGAUGCUAAAUCUGUUAAAAUCAAGAAGAACAAGGAGAAUGUAAAAUUCAAGGUCAGAUGUAGCCGAUAUUUGUAUACACUUGUCAUCCAGGAUAGAGAAAAGGCAGAAAAAUUGAGACAGUCUUUACCUCCAGGUUUGGCUGUAAAAGAUUUAAAGUGAUUCAAUAAAGGCGAUGAAAAAAAGA